AUGAAUUUCACAAUAAAUGAAAUACGGAGAUCGGGUACUCAUGUAAAAUAAUUUAUUAUGACAGACAGAAGAAGAACUCAAUUAACUAACAUUGGAUGAGAACAUGGGGGAGUUGAGAAGAGCACAAUACAUUCUUUAGAGAGGUCAUCCAAUUUAAAAAUAUGCAGUAUGAUGGAUUAUAAUUAGAUUUACUCGAACCUCCAUAAGCUAUUUAAGGUGAGCGGAUUUAGUUUGUUAUUUCCGAUAAUCAAUGAGGAUUUAGUGAAGCAAGAUGAAGACACGAUUGCAAUAGCUAUUAAAGAAUUGUUGAUGAUUGCAAAACAGAUGAAAGAGUAGGAGCAAUAGAUGUUGCUCAAUUAGACGUUUCAUUUUAUGAAGAAUUACAAUUUGAAAUUGGCAGAAGGAUGGUUUGAGUUAUUUGAAAUGUUGUAUUGUUGUGACAUUCACAAUUCAAUAAGAUUGAUAGAUGAGUUAACUGAUAUUGAGGCAGAGACAUAUUGGAGAUUGAGAGGAGCUCGAUUGCUACAGUACAUCCCGUAGAUCGAGAGAAUACAAUUACUUUGCAUGGAUAAGGAUCCUCAGGUAAGGUUUGAGAUUGUGAAGACAAUCUAGAUUGUUUACUGUAGUUUUACUCCUGAGAAGUUUAGUACUUAUUUGUAAAUGAAGGUAUAUAAAUAAUAUAACAAUGAAGAUUUUUGAGUUGAUUUAUGAUUAUGAAGUACAAGUAAGGAUGGCAGCAAUUGAGAUGUUUUUUAUGGUUUAAUCUCAUUUAUAAGAUAGGGAAAAAAUGAUAACAAAAUAAUUCUUUGAAUUCCUAAGUUCCCAGAAUGUAUAAAUUAUAACAAUAAUGUCAAGAAUUUGUGGGAAAGUAUUAAUGGAAAUCAUGGAUGUAAAACCUGAUAUUUAAAAAUUUCUAAAAGUGUUCAUUUCAUUUGCUGAAAACUCAAAUGAGGAAUAUCGAAUUAACUUUGCCUACAAUUUCCCUGCCAUUCUCCAAAUCUUAAAGGGGGAUUACUAUGACUAACUAAAAGAAACUUAUUUGCGAUUGUUGCAAUUUGAUACAUCGACUCAAGUUAGGAACUUACUCCUGGCAAGCAUCCCAGAUGUGAUCUCUACUUUAAAAAUUCAUAAGACUCAAUCAUUGAUACCUAUGAUUCGUAAAAUGCUAGAUCAUCCGAUAAUAUAAUACAAUCUAUAUUCAAUAAUCUAUGCUCUCUGGCCAAGCUAUGAUUAACAGGAACAAUUGAUUCUAUCAGUAACAAUUAUUUAAAAUGACAUAGAAAAUGUUGGUGAAUGAUAUACUCAUAGACUUAGUUAAGUAGAUUCAUUGUAAGGCCAGUGUUAUGUUAUUAGAGUAAUUACUAAAGUAAAACUGCAUUAUAUAUACAGAGACUUCACGAGUUCUUCCAAUAAUGCGAUGCUUAUCUGUUAUUGCUGUCUCCCCUGAUGAAUUUAUUGUCAGCAGAUCCCUAAAAUAUCAGAACAUUGUCAGCUCAGAAUUUAGCAUAUCUUGCUUAUCAUGAUCAGUAAUGGAAACAUCUCUAUGUCAUAGAUCUAUAAACAGUCAAAUGAUAAACUUGUGUAUGAACAGUAACAAGUUCAGAAUGCGUAUCUGUUACAUUGAAUUCAUAUCUUAAACUAUUGAUCUAUGUUCUAAGAGAUAUUUCCAUCUCAACAAUUUCAUUAGCAUAUUGGCACUAAGUCAAGAUAAGAUCUUCGAUGUACGUAUUAAACUAAGUCGUAUCAUGAAAAAGAUAUAGACAAUAAUUUUAGACAAUGAUGAGACUGCAUGCAUUGCAUAUGAUCAAGCUAUUAAACAGCUUUCACGGGAACCAAUCAUCAAAGAAGUAAAUAGUAAUCUCAUUGAGUGUAGAUUCUUAAGCAAAAUGAAUCAUUGUAAUUUUCUUUUGGAGAUGAUCUACUAAAAGAAUAAAAAGAACAUUUAUGCUUUGCCAGAAUUUCAGCUGAUGAUAUUGAUGCUAUUGAAAAAAAUGAACACACUGGAUCCAUUUCACCAUUUAUUAUUAAGUCUAAGAAUGGAUAUGCACAUAGUAGAAAACGUUCGUCUGUCACUCGACAACCCAUCAAUAGAUCUUAACCAAAUGCUUCAUUUACUUAAAAACUUACUCAAAUUUAAACUAAAUACAAUCCUAUCAAAAUUUCAGAUGACAUGAGUCGUAGAACUUCUGUUCCUCCUGUUCCUGGUCGAAAAUUACAACUCGCUCUAAAACCAACCAAUACUCAAUUCAAACCCAAAUUAAACUAAUAACGAUUGAGAAAAUGA